CACUCCCACUCUUCAACACACAAAUACCACACUCGGCACUAAUAUUCAUCUUUUGCCCUUCGAAAUGCCUCAUAAUAACCAGAAUGCCAAUCUCCUCUCACUACUCCCUUUCUUUCUUCUCCUCCUCCUAUCGGCCUCUUAUUUACAACAGUCCCAUGCCCGCCCGCUGUUUGCUUGCGAUCCAAGGAACGGACUCACGAGGGGGCUGAGGUUCUGCCGGACGAACCUGCCAAUACAAGUGAGGGUGAGGGACCUGCUCGGGCGGCUCACGCUGCAAGAGAAGAUCAGGCUGCUCGUGAACAAUGCUGCUGCAGUGCCAAGGCUGGGGAUGGGGGGGUACGAGUGGUGGUCAGAGGCUCUCCACGGGGUGUCGAAUGUGGGCCCGGGAACGAAGUUCGGCAGGUCUUUCCCAGGGGCAACGAGCUUCCCUCAGGUCAUCACAACCGCUGCCUCCUUCAAUGCUUCCCUGUGGGAGGAGAUUGGACGGGUGGUUUCCGAUGAGGCGAGGGCUAUGUACAACGGAGGGAUGGCAGGGUUAACGUAUUGGAGCCCGAAUGUGAACAUCUUCAGGGACCCGCGGUGGGGUAGGGGUCAGGAAACGCCCGGGGAAGACCCAGUUUUGGCUGGAAAAUAUGCGGCCAGCUAUGUCAGGGGGCUCCAGGGUGAUGGUGCUGGCAAUCGACUGAAGGUCGCAGCCUGUUGCAAGCACUACACGGCUUAUGACCUGGAUAACUGGAACGGCGUGGAUCGAUACCACUUCAAUGCACGAGUAAGCAAGCAGGACCUGGAGGACACGUAUGAUGUGCCGUUCAAGACGUGCGUUGUGGAAGGCAAAGUCGCGAGCGUGAUGUGCUCGUAUAACCAAGUAAACGGGGUCCCGUCCUGUGCUGACCCGAACCUCCUCAAGAACACCAUCCGGGGUCAGUGGCACCUUAAUGGGUACAUCGUUUCGGACUGUGACUCGGUUGGGGUGCUAUAUGAUAGCCAACACUACACAGCGACCCCAGAGGAUGCAGCUGCGGCCACCAUCAAAGCAGGCUUGGAUCUGGACUGUGGGCCGUUCCUCGCAGUCCACACGGAGGAGGCCAUAAGGCGGGGCAAGCUCGCCGAGGCCGACGUGGACCUGGCCCUAGCAAACACAAUAACGGUGCAGAUGAGGCUUGGGAUGUUCGACGGUGAACCGUCCGCCCAACCACACGGGAACCUUGGACCAAGAGAUGUGUGCACCCCAGCCCACCAGCAAUUAGCCCUCGAAGCGGCCCAUCAGGGCAUUGUUUUGCUCCAGAAUCGUCGCGGUUCUUUGCCCCUGUCUGCUGCACGCCACCGUACCGUUGCUGUCAUUGGCCCCAACUCCGACGUCACAGUGACCAUGAUUGGUAACUAUGCAGGAGUUGCGUGCGGAUACACCAGUCCUCUACAAGGAAUCGGGAGGUACGCACGGACCGUCCGCCAGGCCGGCUGCUCCAACGUGGCCUGCCCCACCAGCCAGAUGUUUGGUGCUGCAGAGGCCGCCGCUCGUCGAGCUGAUGCCACUGUGCUUGUGAUGGGUCUCGACCAGUCGAUUGAGGCCGAGUUCAGGGACAGGGCAGGGCUCCUCUUACCAGGCCAUCAGCAGGAGCUCGUGUCUCGGGUCGCAAUGGCCUCUAGGGGACCCACCAUAUUGGUCCUCAUGUCCGGUGGGCCUGUUGAUUUAACAUUCGCUAAGAACGAUCCGCGGGUCUCUGCAAUCCUCUGGGUUGGGUACCCGGGGCAGGCUGGAGGGGCUGCCAUUGCCGAUGUACUGUUCGGGAAGGCCAACCCGGGGGGAAAGCUGCCAAUGACAUGGUACCCGCAGGACUACGUUGCCAAGAUUCCUAUGACAAACAUGAACAUGAGGGCGAACGCAGCACGAGGCUACCCGGGCCGAACCUACCGGUUCUACAAGGGCCCCGUCGUCUUCCCCUUUGGCUUUGGCCUAACCUACACAACUUUCACUCACUCGCUCGCCGAAGCCCCGACACAGGUCACGGUGCCGCUAAGCACCAUAAAGAACACAACCUCCCUGGUGGGCACCGCUUUGCGCCUCAGUCACAUAGACUGUAAAACCCCCUCGUUGAAGAUCCAUGUCGAUGUCAAGAAUACCGGUACAGUGGAUGGAACCCAGACCCUGCUCAUCUUCUCAGCCCUGCCUGCAGGGGACUGGUCCGUGGGCAGGCAACUGGUCGGGUUUGAAAAGGUACAUGUUCCUGCUAGUUCACAGAGGCGGGUGAGGGUUGACGUCCACGUGUGCAAGCACAUGAGUGUGGUUGAUCAGUUCGGGGUCCGAAGGAUUCCGAUGGGUGAGCAUGAGCUUCACAUUGGUGAUGAUCUCAAGCAUUCCAUCACCCUCCAUGCAAGUUUGGGUGAGAUUAGAGUCUAAUACUAGCUUUUAGGAAUGAACAGAUAUCUAUACUUCUGAAGGCACCAUGGCAAUCGCCUAAAAACAGGCCAUUGUCGUUAAUUAACCACGAAGGUGGAAUUAAGCAAUGAACUGCAUAAAAGCAAUGGUAUACAGAUGACUAAAUUGUACAUUAGAUUGUGUAUUGAAUUCCAAAUCCAUUCGACUGCACAACAGGCAACCGAAUGGGGUAUAUGUAUUGAUUAGUGAAUGGCAAUGAAAGAUCUGUUCUGUUCUGCUCUUAAA